GUUAGAACCUCGUGGGCUUGAUGCUGUACGAUAGUCUCCAUAACUGCCCUCUAAAGAAGAGACGAUCAGCCAUGAGACAUCCAGUGUAUUGGCAAUUUGGUCCUCGAGGCAACACGGUGCAUAUAAGCCACCACCUUCUGCGAUAGUGGAAGAUGACCCAUCUUUGCUACCUUCCCUUCGAGACACAGAACUCUAACUUUUAGCGUGAAAAAUGGGCACGUCGAUGUCCUCCCCCCUUAGACUGCAAAGUCUUCGGACUAUCGCUGGCAUCGUUCGUACAAUCAUCGAGGAAAUUCGGUCAUCGAGGAUCUUCGAAAACCCCACUUUUGCCGACCUAAGACUGGCCAGAGACUCGCAUCCUCAACGACAAGCUAGUAGGACAUCAAUGGCAGGGUGGCAGGGUGAUGAAUGGCAGGAAGAAGAUCCUAUUACUAUGGACACCGAAGAAGAGAUCAGAGAGGAAGGAAUAGAUGAGCUCCUAGCCGCUCGAGCUCCACACGCCACCGGGGGAAACGUUGGAGGAUCUUACCCUGUACAAACAGAUGUGUGGCGGAGGCCGAGCGAAGUGGGAAUACAUGCUGUAGAAGAAGCUCCGCGUAGGCGUCUUUAUGAAGCGCCAGAGCGUUGCGCUGCUGCACUCCACAUGAAGACGAAGGAAGAAGGGGUCUCGGCCACGAGGUUGAACAAUGAAGAUGUUCCAAUAACUGAAGAUGCCAUAAAUUGGAAAGACGACCCGCAGACCUUGGAGAAACACAGCGCGUUCCAGCUCGUGAGCAUCCCCAGUGAUGAGGAGAUACAAAUAGCGAAGCAAAGAGUCCAAUACCAAGAGGGGCUAUUCCAUUUCGCAAUGACGGGGGUUUCUGGUGCUGGAAAGUCGUCGCUGAUCAAUGCCUUCCGAGGCCUUCGAAACAGAGAUCAGGGGGCUGCACCAACGGGCGUGGUUGAGACCACCACGGAUAUCACUAGAUUCCCAGAUCCAAGCCCCCAUAACCCGUUCGUUUGGUAUGAUGUCCCAGGGUCCGGCACGCUGAACACACCGGACUGGCAAUAUUUCACUGCACACGGACUCUAUGUUUUCGACUGCAUUAUCAUCCUUUUCGACAGCCGCUUUACAAUGACUGACCUUGCCAUGCUGGUCAAUUGCCGGCGUUUCAACAUUCCUACUUAUAUCGUGCGGUCGAAAUCGGACUCACAUAUCAGAAACAUCAUCAAGGAAUCGGGUUACGACAGCGAUGAAGAUGAAGAUGAAAAUCGCUCGCAUCGCAAUGCAUUGUAUAGCUCCGCACGCGAGCAGUACAUUGCUGAAACUCGCGCAACCGUGAAGAGCAAUCUUCAGGAGGCGAAUUUGCCCGAUCAAAGGGUGUACAUUGUCGCCAACAGCACCAUGGUCUCCACAGUGAGAGACCAGAAACUAUCGGAGAAGACUAUAGACGAACUAGAAUUAAUGCGGGAUCUCUUUAGGGAAGCCCAGUCAAGGCGUUGUGGUGAAGGUAGUCGCUCACAGGCAUACGAAGUUUGAAGUCUAGAGCCCCGUCCAUAGUCAGGUUGCAGCAAUUGUCGGUAUGUACCACAUCUAUGAGAAAUCAUA